AUGGAGAGAGGUGGCGCGUCGUCGACGGACAGGUUGGUUGCGCUCGGAUUGACGGCGCUGGCCGUGGCGUCGCCACUGUACGUGGGCCGCUCGCCGGCCGGCGGCGAGGCGGAGGAGGAAAGGGAGGAGGGGGAGCUCUCGUGGCUGCUGCCGCCACUGCUGCUGGUGGCGAUCGUCGUGGCAAUCGGGUUCGCCAGCUUGCUCGAUGGCCGUCGCGGGAGGUUUGACCCCUACUGGAUCCACCGCUUCGGCGGCUCCUCAGGCGGGAUCCUCUCUCUCCUCUUCCUCCUCGCUUUCGUCCUCAAGUGCAAGACAACCCUUGCCUCCUAA